GAGCAGUCAUUGGCGCUCACUCUGCAGGAGGACGACAGAGAACUCACAUCAGUCCCACAGUUUCCUGCACGUGAAAGCCAUGCUCUCUCUCGGGCGGGUGGUCCUUUGGGCUCUGUUGGUGUGCGUCGUUGCUGCCACGCCGGUGUGCAUUGAGUCCGGGACAUCACGAGUCACGUACACCUGCUCUGGCUUCACGAGCCAUGCCCACUUCGAUGAGUUCCUUCGUCGCGAAUUCACGCCGGAUCGCUACUCGCGCGUUCAGUUUCUUCUCCACGACAGCAAUCUCGACUAUUUACCGCCAAGAGCAUUCGAUGGUACAAUGGCUUCGGUAGUCGAGUUUCGUAAUGUCCGAGUGCACGGCCACACUCCGACGUCCGACGACCACCCAUUCACCGGCGUGACAUCGUGGCUCAAGAAGGUGAUUUUCAGCGAUGGCAGCACGGUGCCACCAUCUUGGGGACUAUUAGCUCCACUGACAAAGCUCGAAGAAGUUAUCCUCUUGAACAUGCACUACGUGAACCUCUCCAACAGCUUUAAUGAACUCCCGAAGAGCGUAAAACGUGUGCGCGUCCUCAACUCUACAAUCCUCGGCGUAGAUCCUCAUUGGCUUGCAGGUCUGGAAAACCUCGAGGAGCUCCACGUCGAGAACAGCAACAUCAACUUUUUUUCUAGCACAAUGCUGCCUAGGCCAGCCCACAACCUCACUUCAUUGACGCUCAGGAAUGCCAACUUGACAUCUCUGCCUGUGGACCUGACAGAUGAGGCGCCCCUGCUGACUACGCUAAACCUUCAGCACAACGCCAUUAAAAACUUUGAAGCGGAAAGUUUCACUCCUCUGCUCGCACGGAGUACCGAUGCAGCAGCCUUCUUGGAUGAAAACCCUCUAGACUGCGACUGUCACGCACGCUUCCUCAACCAGAUUCCCGCCAGCUGGACGGCACCGCCCUGUUCAACACCAGAGCGACUAAGAGGGCGCCUGGUCAAGAACAUCGGCAUCUCGCAGCUCAUUUGCGCUCCUGCCAGCAGGCGCCGCUAACAAAGAGGAAAACGAGACCCCAUAACUAAUAGAAUUUCUCAUUUGUAUUCAAAGAUUUCACAAUUGUGAGCAUUGUGCUCUAAUAAAAUUAAUUCGAACAUUUUAGCAUGGGUAGGGUGAUCCUUGCAGCAAAAAAAAAAUAAAAAAUAAACUUACGAUAGUGUUGUCACUUAUUAUCGUCGUCAGACUCAUUUUAUGGCCACCUAGUGCUUAUAGUCUGACUGCAUCGAAAAGAGGCCUGUAUUGUGAUUUGAAUGGCAGCGAAGAGGUAAAUAAAGAAAGCUGCAAGAAAAGAC